AGCGGCUUUUCUUCAUUGCCUUCACCAGAAGAAAGCCGAGACGUGACGGAGUCGGAGGGUUCUGCUUGUUGGAGGCCCGCGAAACAUCUGCUAGAAACAGCUUCGACACUGCUUCUUCGUCGCUCAAGAGACAUCUGUGACCGAACUUGACUUUACUUCUUUUUCAUCUUUGAACUAAUCUCACAAACAUGUCCUGGCAAUCCUACGUGGACAGCCUGAUGUCUGAUGGCAACUGCCAGGACGCGGCCAUUGUUGGGUACGCGGACGCCAAAUACGUCUGGGCAUCGUUUGCCGGCGGUACCUUUGCCAACAUCACGCCUGAAGAAAUUGACGUGUUAACAGGAAAGGACCGCAUGGGAUUCUUCACCACUGGGAUAACCUUAGGCAAUAAAAAGUGCUCUGUAAUCAGAGACAGCAUCCAAAUUGAUAACGACUGGACAAUGGACAUCCGGACAAAGAGUCAAGGAGGGGAGCCAACAUACAACGUUUCUCUAGGCAAAGCCGGCAAAGCAUUGGUUGUUGUCAUGGGGAAGGAAGGUAUCCAUGGAGGGCAGCUCAACAAGAAAGCAUUUACUAUGGCUGAUUACCUGAGGAAGUCCGGAUACUAAAGCAGCCUCUACCAGCCACCUAACCGCUCACCCUUACCACCCUGUUGCAUUUUACACUACUUCAGUCCUAGUUGCUAGUUAGUUUUUUUUUUUUUCCUUUUUUUUUAAUUCUCCCCAGGCCUUCUCUCCUCCCCAUUUGUCAUCCUGUUCCUGUCUCCUUGGCACACUUGUGCUGUGUACUCCUAACCCCCUAAGCACUAUAAGUUGAUCCAUAGCAAAGAGCAUGUUGCUAACCGGAUGUCAUGACAAAUCUGUCCAGCUCAACAAAAAAAUCUGGCAAACAAUAAAAACUUUACUAUCAAUGUGAAGUAGCUAUUUCUUUCUUUUUCUGUCAUGGUGCCCAUUACUUAAUCCCCCUCUAACCCCAUCGUACACACUCCCUUUCCGAGCAGCCAACGAAUUGAGCGGGAACCAGGUCAGUCAUAUCCACCCUGUGUGUGGGGGGGGGGGGCUGCUGCAAACAUCGGCCCACUGUUUCCCCUCUCGCCCACCACUGUCCCCCCCUGCUCCACCCUUUCACACUCUCCUUUGCCAAAAAAUGUUAAGUCCCUCCCCUUUCCCGGUUUCCCUAUUAUGUUAGCUCGACGCAGUCAACACUACAAACGUAGCCGCAGACUGCAGUUCAAACACUACGCAUCAACCAACCAGUCCCCGAAGCCCUCCUUUCAGAUCCUGUCCUGAAUACAUUUUAUACAAGUGUGAGCGGGGGUCCAGAUGCUGGUAGCCUCUCCUCCCAAUGGACAUUCCACAGUACCCAUGGCUCAGGCAAUUGAUACAGCUUUUUUUGCCGGCUCCUGUAAUGUAAUUUUUUUUUUUUUUAAGGCUGCCAUUUUUUUCUGAUGGCAUAUUUCCCAUCAUAUAACCACCUGGAGCAUAUCCAAUUGGGAUUUCUUUUUCUAUUUUUUAAAUAGGACCAAGUAGUCAAAGCUCGGGUGUUUAUAAGAUUGCUCUAAAUCAUGCAACGGAUGACUUCACUUUUUGAUUAAGGGAACGCUUGAUGGUAACACCCCAUGGUUUAAAAAUGACUCUAGGGGAGGUAAGAGUGAGAGGACGUGAAGAAAAUUGUCACUUUUUGGAGUUUAGAAAGACCGCAUAUGUACAAACCCAAGCUGUGUUAAACUACAAAACUGUGGAAUAAAUUGCCUUUUACUCUAGUCAGCUGAGGGUAUCACAUGGUCUGUCAGCGCUCAGUGCUGCUAACUAACGUCUAACUGACACGAGGUGGGAUUGGUUGGGACAAAGACACUCAUGGUUGUCUAGUUGAAGCUUCACUACAGAACCUGUGUAUCCUGUGCCAUAAUGAGAUGUGUUGUAAAGAAGGAUUUUUACCCACUGUCCACGUUAUUUCAUUGGCUUUUUUCUCUUGCUUCAGCUCUACUGUUUAGGCCUUGUGGGAUAUGAGUACUCAUUAAAAAAAAAAGUUUCAAGUCCUGUUUUAUGUUCAGUUUUUUUUUUCUUCACCACUUUUUUCUAUUUGCAUCUUAUUUCAAAUGCAUAAAACCAAGAAAUGCCAUAAAUUGAUUUAUCACCUUGUUUAAUGACAGAUCAAAUAAAUUUAUUCCAACCAGA